UAAAAAAAUCCUAUUUCUCUCUCUAAAGAUCAUAUUAUAAGCCCACAGUCUAUUUUAUCUUCGACAAGUUUCAAGUUUAAAAUAGGCACUUUCUCUCUCUAAAUAACCGACGCUAUUUUCUCUCUCUAGACUGAGACCCUUUUAUACUCGCAGUUUUAUUUGAUCACUGAUUUGAUGCCACCCUGCACUCGUGGGGGAGCAAAAGGCCCCAAAUCUCCUAUGCGGAGUAGGAGUCUUGGGUUGGAUGAUUUGCCCCAAAUUAGGGUUAGGGCUUGUUUAGCCCUUCUCCUCCCUGGUGCCUGGUUCUAAGGUUUUCCUACUAUCCAGAGCUUCUAAGUCUCUCAUGGUGUUCUCUUGCCCUAAGGUUUGACACACUCAAGAGAUAUGCUCGAAAACAGUUCGGGAGAUGCGACCGUUAAGAGAUACGUUCCUCCAAGGAAUCGUGUUCUCAACAGGCGCAAAUCUGGAGAUCGCUUUGAGAGAUUAAACUACUUUCAUGGCAGUGAAGGAGAGAGGAGUAUUGGAACUUCUUCAAAAAACUCAUCUUUGACGGAGCAUGGUGAGGCAGGUAGUAGCAGCAGCCUUCAGAACGAUACCAACCCACUUGUUGCAGGGUCAGUUUUGGUUGAUGGAUGUAGUAACAGUGAGGCUGCCAAGCUGAUGAGCGAGCGCUGGGCAGCUGCAAUGUCAUCCUAUAAUGAUCCAUCAGUUGAGGUGACUGAAAAGCCGGUGAUGUACUCUGGUUCCAGUGGGUCAGCAUGGGGCUCCUCAAAGCUUACUUACCAUACGAUGGAUUUCUUUGCAGAGCUUCAGAAGGCAAUUCUAGCAUCCAAUGCCAAAGAUUGAAAUGGUGAAUAAAAUAAACAUGGAAAUGGAAUUGGGCAUAUGCCAAAAAGCUCUUGUCUUCUAUUCUAGACUUAGAUGCUCUUAUGACACCUUUGAUUUUAAGGACAAAAAUGGCAUCAUUUGUGGACGGAUUGGUUUCCCACUUCUAAACUGAACAUCUAUACUUCUGUAAUUCACUUUCUAGGGUUGAAGCCUUUGAAACUUGUGGAAUGACAUGUUUAGGUGACCAUGGCUAGACUCUCUCUCUCUCAGUGGCUUUGUAGAUUUGUGUGUUUGAUAGAUACAUUGGGAGGGACUUGCUCUCACCCUGUAUUCAUUUAGAUGGAUAUCCCCUUGCAUUCAUUUAGAUGGAUGUUUUGAA